CUUUCAGGAAGGAAACUAGUAGCUCCCGGUCACAGCCCUGCCUCCUGAGUAGUGGAAUGGAAUGCACCCGGAACUCACUUCCUCUUGAAGACGAGUGUUGAAUUAAGAAAGUAGUUGCACCUGUUCCCAUGAAACGUUCAUGUUUGGAGAGAUGGCAACUUGACAAGCACAAUAAUAACAGUAGCGAACGGGACAGCGUGUUGUAAUGUCGUCCCAGGCUGAGAACGUGGCGGAACUUUUAGAAAUAGACAUAUGUGACGGCGACAUCUGCUCGGAGGGGGAGAGCGGAGUGUUCAUCAACUCAGGUACAGGUGCGUCACUCUUAGACGGCUUCUCAGCGUUUCAGCAGUGGACCGGACCUAGUUCUCGUUCCUCCUCAGGCCACAACAACACAGACUCUGUCUCAAAGAGACCGAGAGAAACAUCAUCCCCGAGCCUGUAUCUCCAGAACGACCUGGGGUCUGGAGCCGGUGAUCGUGUGACCCUUGGCGACCUCCAGGGUCAGGAUCUCCGAGUCCCACGCUCCUCCAUAGUGGACUGUCUGUUGGUGGAGCUCUAUGACACCUACAGCAGCGCUCGGCUCAGUGUUGACAGCCCGGAUAGCAGUACCGAGGCGUCCAGCUCUGAGCUGUUCUGCCGCAGUAAUACUGGAUCCAGCUUCCUCCAGGAACUACAGGAGAAACACACCAGGAGACACCAGGUCAACUACCUGUCCCAGAAAGCACCAGAAGAGUUGAGCUGUAUCAUAGGGGAGGUACGCUACAGGACCGGUCUCCAGUCAGCCAAGCUGCUGCGCCAGCUGAAGAGGAGAGACCGCCUCAGUCACAAGCUCCAGAAGAACUAUGACAUCAUCACCGCCUGUCUGCAGGCCGUGUCCCAGAAGAGAAGAGUGGACACCAGGUUAAAGUUCACCAUCGAACCUUCUCUGGGCAAGAACGGCUUCCAACAGUGGUAUGAUGCUCUGAAGGCUGUGGUCAGACUUCCUACAGGCAUCCCUAAAGAGUGGAGGAAGAGGGUAUGGCUGACUCUAGCUGAUCAGUACCUCCACAGUAUCUCUAUCGACUGGGACAAAACUCUCCGCUUCACUUUCAACGAACGCAGUAACCCUGACGAUGACUCACUGGGCAUCCAGAUUGUUAAGGACCUACACAGGACAGGUUGUAGUUCAUACUCCGGCCAGGAGGGAGAGCAGGACCGGGUGGUGCUGAAGAGGGUACUCCUGGCGUACGCUCGCUGGAAUAAGGCUGUAGGAUACUGUCAGGGCUUCAACGUACUGGCAGCGCUCAUACUGGAGGUUACAGAGGGCAACGAGAGCCACGCACUCAAGGUGAUGAUCUACCUGAUAGACAAGGUGCUACCGAGUUAUUUUGCCAACAACCUGCGUUCUCUGUCUGUGGACAUGGCUGUGUUUAGAGAUCUCCUGAGGAUGAAGCUGCCUCAUCUCUCACAGCACCUACACCUCCUGCAGAAGACUGCUGAUAGAGAGGCUGGAGGCAGCUACGAGCCUCCCCUGACCAACGUGUUCACGAUGCAGUGGUUUCUGACCAUGUUUGCUACGUGCCUGCCCCCCAACACCGUGCUAAAGAUCUGGGACUCUGUGUUCUUCGAAGGUUCUGAGGUUCUGCUGAGGGUGGCUCUGGCCAUCUGGUCUCACCUAGGGGAGCAUAUAGAGUACUGUCAGACAGCAGACGACUUCUACAGCACCAUGGGAUGGAUCACUCAGGAGAUGUUGGAGAACAGCCUCAUAGACUGUAGCCACCUCAUGCAGACGGUGUACUCCAUGGCUGUGUUUCCAUUCCCUCAGCUGGCUGAACUCCGAGAGAAAUACACCUACAACAUCACCCCCUUCCCCACCUCCAACCCCAACGGCAGUGGUGGUCUAGGUGGCUGGGAGGGUGAUGAAGACGAGGAUGAAGAUGAAGAUGCAGUGGUGACAGCAGCGUUGGGAUGUUUGGGUCCUCUGGGGGGGCUGUUAGCUCCAGAACUACAACGGUACCAGAGACACAUUAAAGACCAGCGUGGGGGGGAGCCGGGCGGGAACAUGGCAGACCUGAGUCCCGGGGUGGAUGGUGGCGGCAGAGCGGAGCAUCAAGCGGCCAUCAACAGCAUGCUGCAGGAGAGGAUGAGUACUGACAUCAGCGCUCUGAAGAAACAAUACUCACGUAUCAAGAGACAUCAGCAACAACAGGCCAGGCAGCUGUACAUACACACAGAUCGAUGUCCAGCCACCAGCGUGUUAGCAUCUCAGCUACAUCCUUCUCCUGUCGUCAACCACCUGUUGCUAGGCAGGAAGCCCAGGAACAGCCUGAAACACCCUCCCUCCAGCCUGCGAGGUGUUCCCCUGCCUCAGGCCAGCCCUGCCACCCCUGGCCCCGCCCCUAACCCCGCCCCUAGCGGGGAGAGGGGGAGGAACAGCCUGAAACACCCUCCCUCCAGCCUGCGAGGUGUCCCCCUGCCUCAGGCACAGUCCAGCCCUGCCACCCCUGGCCCCGCCCCUAACCCCGCCCCUAGCGGGGAGAGGGGGAGGAACAGACUGGUAUCUCAGGCUGAAGACUGUCAGAGCAGGGUGGGGUCCCCCUGGCGCGCCCACGUACGUGCCCACCGCAGGAACAUAGCCCGGGCACGGGUACAGCUAGGGUUUGGAGACAUGGAGGACAGACACCCUCGUCAGGGGGAGGAGGACAGACACCCUCGUCAGGGGGAGGAGGACAGACACCCUCGUCAGGGGGAGGAGGACAGACACCCUCGUCAGGGGGAGGAGGACAGACACCCUCGUCAGGGGGAGGGCGGAGGAGGACAGACACCCUCGUCAGGGGAGGAGGACAGACACCCUCGCCAGGGGGAGGAGGACAGACACCCUCGCCAGGCGGAGGAGGACAGACACCCUCGCCAGGCGGAGGAGGACAGACACCCUCGCCAGGCGGAGGAGGACAGACACCCUCGCCAGGCGGAGGAGGACAGACACCCUCGCCAGGCGGAGGAGGACAGACACCCUCGCCAGGCGGAGGAGGACAGACACCCUCGCCAGGCGGAGGAGGACAGACACCCUCGCCAGGCGGAGGAGGACAGACACCCUCGCCAGGCGGAGGAGGACAGACACCCUCGCCAGGGGGAGGAGGACAGACACCCUCGCCAGGGGGAGGAGGACAGACACCCUCGUCAGGGGGAGGAGGACAGACACCCUCGUCAGGGGGAGGAGGACAGACACCCUCGCCAGGCGGAGGAGAGAGAUGGGGGGGGUGAGGGGAAGGCUGAUGAUGAUGAGGGUAGACACCUCCCUGUGUCUCCUGCCCAGGCCUCCAGUAAGGAGGUGCCAGCUGUGGUGGAAGAGGAGGAGCACCUGCCGUACGGAUUGAAUCGAGCCCUCCGUCUCCUUGAGAUCUAUUGCCUCAACCUGGGCGACUAUAAAAAGGUUCAGGCCAAAAGGAAGCUCUACUGCCCCCACCCCCUCUCAGCUCUACUGCCCCAACCCUUCUCAGCUCUACUGCCCCCACCCCCUCUCCGCUCUACAGCCCCCAACCCCUCUCAGCUCUACUGCCCCCACCCCCUCUCAGCUCUACUGCCCCCACCCCCUCUCAGCUCUACUGCCUCCAACCCUUCUGAGCUCUACUGCCCCCAACCCUUCUCAGCUCUACUGCCCCCACCCCCUCUCAGCUCUACUGCCUCCAACCCUUCUGAGCUCUACUGCCCCCAACCCCUCUCAGCUCUACUGCCCCACCCCCUCUCAAUCUACUGUCCCCACCCCAUCUCAGCUCUACUGCCCCCACCCCCUCUCAGCUCUACUGCCCCCAACCCCUCUCAGCUCUACUGCCCCCACCCCUCUCAGAUCUACUGUCCCCACCCCUCUCAGAUCUACCGCCCCCACCCCCUUUCAGCUCUGCUCCCCCUACCCCCCCCUCAGCUCUACUGCCCCCUACCCCCCUCAGCUCUACCCCCCUCCUUAGCUCUACUGCCCCCUACCCCCCAGCUCUACUACCCCCACCCCCUCUCAGCUCUACUGCCCCCACCCCCUCUCAGCUCUACUGCCCCAGAGGCUCAGGUGAACUCCCUGUGCAGCCAGGUCGAAUCAGUUCAAAGGAGAAAUCCAACGUCCGUCCAGAUCCCCAGGACGUCGAGAAUCGCCUUCAGAACCGGCCACUAUAGGGGCAACGUGUGCCAUCACAGCAGCAAGAUUUGUGACCAGUUCCCACAAGACAAGGGCAACCAGUGA